AUCUUCUGUUAGGUCAAUCACGUCGGUACCAAUUCCCUUGCUUGGAGCCUCAAUCCGCACCUCGGCCUUGCUUGAACUCGGCACUGAGGCCUGGCUUCUUGAUCCAAAAUACGUCUGCCUUGGAUGAUUGUUUUCCUUCUCCCAUUGAUCAUCGUCAUCAUCAGUUUCUGACAAAGUCAAAAGCUCCAGCUUUCCCGGUGGCUUGUUGGGCUGAUCAAAAGCCUUGAAAGCGUUGAAUUUCGAGGGUGCCGAUGCGGAUGACUGCGUGUGUUUGGAGACAGAAUUAACUUUCCCUCGAAUGGUGGAGUCCGGUGUCGAUGGGGUUUGCGGUUUUACUCGUUUCCGGAUCUCUCCAGGGCUGUUGGGCUGUUUCCGCUUUCCAGCAGUUUUUCCGUUUCGCACCACCUUUUGUGUCCUUUCGAAAAGUUGCGGAAGCACCCUGUGCAUUAAAGCGCGAGGUACAUACUCGAACUUGACUAGGUAUACCAAAAGGCGAGAAUUUGACCUCUAUAAAGCUCGAUUCAUCCUGGGCAUUGUCAGGUUUGUUCCGUUUUCUCACGAUCUUGAUCCCAUGAGGGUUGUUAAUGCCGUCAAGCUCGGUCGCUUUCAAGAGCCACCGUGUCAGGAAGAUGGGAGCUACAUGAUCCAUCUUCAGUUCGUCGAACUCGUGACGUGGGCGUCCUUGAACAAACGAUAGCUUGCCUAGGUCCAUAUCAUUGGAGACUCGGGGCUGCCAAUAGUUUCGCAGAACUUCGUAGCGUGGAAAGUCGAGGGGAACAAUCACUGAUCUCCCCUUCGGAUAUUGGGCCAACUCUUGCUCCAACUGUACCCGCCAUGCUUUGCAAUCCGAUUGAUUCCUACACUGAACCAGGCUUCGAGCGAGACCACCCCGUAUUAUCUGUUUGGCCAGCUCGCGACCGCAUCCAAUCAAGCCCUCACCAUAAUCGCCGCCGGCUACAACGGCAUAAAGCACAAGAGCCUCGCGGUCAAAUCCGAGCUCGCGGUGAAGAUCAUCAAUGCGCAAAGUUUCGGCUGUGUGCCAUUCUUUCCCUUUCAAGCCGCGGUGAUAGCGCAACAUCAGGCUGCAGCCAAACAUAAGAGCAUCUGAGUCCUCAGACCACACGGCGUCAACAAAUCCUUUCAUUUGCAACAUUGCACACUCCGCUUCCGCUUCGCCAGGAGCUUGAUAAAAGGGGAUGCUCAAUGCUUUCAGCGUCACGAAGGUCCCUGUUGAGUUCGUGUCCCAUUGGUAUACCCCUACCAUUGAAGCCACGCGACUUUUUGGGGGCGCGAUGUUCUCCGUCGAAGAUGAACAGCAUUU